AUGUCGCUGGGCACGCGCGUGCAGCGGGAGGGGUUCCGCGCGCGCGUCACCAGGAUACUGCAGGCGUGGGCCGACUGGGCCGUGUACCCCACUGACUUCCUCAUGCACAUCAACGACGUGUUCCUGGGACUGGACAAGGAGACUAGCGGAGAGGGCGGAGAUAGUGCGGAGGGCGGCGCGGAGGCGGCGGGCGGGCAGGCGGGGGGCGGGGCGGGGUCGGACGCGUCGUCCCCGGGCUCGAGCUCGUCGGCGGAGUGGGGCGGGGGCGGCGCGGGCCCGCUGGACGGCGCCGCGCUGCGCCGCCUGGCCGCCACCCACCAGCCGCCCCACGCCCACGCCCACCCCCACCCCCACGCCGCGCACACGCCGCCACACGACGCCGACGCGGACAUCGACGGAGUGCCAGUGGACGAAGACAUCGACGGUGUGCCGCUGGAGGGCGGGGGCGGUGCCGGGGCGGGGUCCCCGGGGGGCGCGGGCGCGUUCGUGCCGUCGCGCUGGGAGAGCGUGGACACGCCCGCCGGCGACCCCGCGCCCCCGCCCCCGCCCCCGCCGGCGCCCCCGCGCGACCCCACGCCCCCGCCCGCUGACAGUGGCACGUUGUCCGGUGAGGAGCAUUUGUUGUCACGUGACACGUUGCGUGAGAUCGAGGUGCGCGUGCUAAAGUACGCCGACGAGCUGGAAGCGGGUGCGAGAGCGAGACGGAACACAUUAGCGCCGCAACAACAGAUACAGCACUACAGACGGAAACUCAUCAAAAAGGCUGUGAAGGAAGCUCGAGCGGCACGCGCGGCGGAGGAGACUCGAACAUCGCCCGAACCGAGACGACGCUCGCCCGUCGACGAAGACACGUACUCGACCUCUUCAAAGAAAUCAAAGAAAUCGCGGGAACCCUCGUUGUCACCGCCUCCAAAGCGUUCAAGGCACACGUACGCUUGCUUGUUUAUUUAUUUAUUGUAUACUUCUUAUAUAAAUGUACAAUCCUGGAUAAUUUUCUUGUAUGCAAACUUUAUCCUGAGAAUAAGGAACACAUAAAACAGAAUCAUCCAAUUUGUUUCAGUCGUUCGGAAGUUAUCUACGUACAUACAUUUCGGCGAUUCAUUUUUAUGUGAUAAACAGUUUAACUAAUUUCUGUACAGCAAAUAAUCUUAUAUUUUUUGUGUUAUAGUGACAGAAAAUCACGAUCAAGAUCCAGAUCUCGGGAAAGAGAGAGGGAGCGAGAACGAUCCCGCGAACGCGAACGAGAACGAGAGAGAGAUAGAGAGAGGGAACGCGAACGAGAGAGGGAGAGAGAACGAGAGAGGCGGAGACGUUCACCCGCCACGCCUCCCGGACACCAUCACAGAAAGCACGCUAAACAUGCCAAAUACAAAUACUGAUGGAUCUUUAAUUUAAGUGUAAAUAGAAAUAUAAGUAUUAAAAUUGUCUGCUUG